GGCAAAGGAAAUGAGUGGGAAGAAAGGCAAGUGAGAUUGAGCGGAGCUGAAUUACGGUCGGCCACCCUUGCACCCCUUUGGCUGGGCGCCCGAGUCGAUGGUGGAGUCCGAGAGUGUACGGGCGCGGCCUCGGGUGGCCGACUGUGGACAACUCCUGGGUUGAGGCCUCUCCCUUUUCCUCCUGCUCCUCCCUCCCUCCCAUCUCGUCCCCGGACCAGAAGCAGAGGGGGAGGAAGAAUAAGACGUCGUGCGUUUCUUCUUCUCGGCCGCAGAACACGAUAGUUCACCCCCUAGUACCACUUCUCCAGAGCCCCGCUCGCUGACAGCGGGACACCGUUAGCUGAAGAUUUCUGAUUGGCCAACUGGUGGUGGAUCAGUGACGUGUGCUUGACUGGAGACAAUGAGUGAGCUCGAGCAGCUACGUCAGGAGGCAGAGCAGCUACGGAACCAGAUAAGGGACGCAAGGAAAGCAUGUGGCGACUCCACGCUGUCCCAGAUUACGGCUGCCCUCGACCCGGUUGGGAGAAUCCAGAUGCGGACACGCCGCACCUUGAGGGGUCACUUGGCCAAGAUCUACGCCAUGCAUUGGGGCACCGACUCCAGACUGUUAGUAAGCGCCUCUCAGGAUGGAAAAUUAAUUAUCUGGGAUAGCUACACAACAAAUAAGGUUCACGCCAUUCCGCUCCGGUCGUCCUGGGUUAUGACGUGUGCUUAUGCCCCAUCUGGAAACUACGUGGCCUGUGGUGGCCUGGACAACAUCUGCUCCAUCUACAGCCUAAAGACCCGCGAGGGGAACGUGCGAGUGAGCAGGGAGCUCCCAGGUCACACAGGUUAUUUGUCUUGCUGCCGUUUCCUGGAUGAUAACCAGAUUGUCACGAGCUCUGGUGAUACAACCUGCGCUCUGUGGGAUAUUGAGACCGGGCAGCAAACAACCACCUUUACGGGCCACAGUGGAGACGUCAUGAGCCUCUCCCUCUCCCCGGACUUCAAAACAUUUGUGUCAGGUGCCUGUGAUGCCUCAGUCAAGCUCUGGGAUGUGCGGGACAGCAUGUGUCGACAGACCUUCACCGGUCAUGAGUCGGACAUCAACGCCGUCUGUUUCUUCCCCAAUGGGAAUGCCUUUGCCACAGGGUCGGAUGACGCCACCUGCCGGCUGUUCGACCUGCGGGCUGACCAGGAACUGAUGAUGUACUCCCACGACAACAUCAUCUGCGGCAUUACAUCCGUGGCCUUCUCCAAGAGUGGCCGCCUCCUGCUGGCUGGAUAUGACGAUUUCAACUGCAACAUCUGGGACUCCAUGAAGGGCGACCGCGCCGGAGUCCUGGCUGGUCACGACAACAGAGUGAGUUGCCUGGGGGUGACGGACGAUGGAAUGGCUGUAGCAACAGGAUCUUGGGACAGCUUCUUAAAAAUUUGGAACUAACGCUGAUGUGAAAUGCCGUCCCAGUGUAAAAAAACACACACACACAUACCACACGCAUCUUUCCUAGAGUUGAAACCUAUCACCCUCCUUCUCUCCCCCUCCCUUGAAGAAUUAACCUGGUUUGGAUUGGGGAGGAGGUGGUCGAUGUAUCUGCAGUAGAACAGAUACUGGAAAAUACAUAAUCACACCGAUAAUCGCCCCGAUUCCCAGUGUGCUCUAUUGAAGGUGAAGUUUUGCUUGUCUGUUUAAAACAUCGAAAAAUACUUUAAAAAAAAUUCCAUCAGUUUGUGUAUAGAGUGCCCAGAAGCAAGAUUGAAAUCAAUUCUUUUUUUCCUAAGAAAUUUGACGUGAGAACUGUUGAUUUAAUUAUUGUCGUUGGACUUAAUUCAUUAGGUUUGCGUUUAGUUUGUGUGUGAGUGCAUGUCCGGCAUUGAGUCUCUGCCUGUGGGUGUGGGUGUGUGUCUGUGUCCAUGUGUAUGAGUGCAGAAGUUUCCCUUAUCAGAAUACAGUUACUAAAAUAUUUCUCACUUAGAGGCGCCCCUCAUCCUUUGAGCACUAUUGAUGCCCGGCUUAACUUUGGGAGCUGGUGGUGAGCCUUAAUGUUCACCCCGCGUCACUGUGCUUUCUCCCCCUUGCUGCCAGGCUUUCUCCCUGCACUGAGCACUGUGACCGUCAGCUAUUCCAAGGGAUGGGCCUACGGUUGAGUAAUUCAAGAACCCUCCCUGGUGGGAGGGGACACUCUGUUGUGUGGGUGCUCCUAUACUCUGAUGCAGUUAUUGAAAACAGAAGCGAGUCUUUCUCUCGUGGUGGUGUGGUGGGGUUGUCUUGGUUGACUGAAUGUGCAGAGUGUAAGGCAAUGGAGAUGACUUUUCCUCCUUGAGGUGCCUUCUUUAUUCCCUUGCAUCCAGGGAGAGCCACCAAUGUUCCCUCUAAUUUUUAGUAGUCAGUGUGCGCAAAUUUUUUUCCUGUGACAAAAGUAUGUGCACACUGAAUGCACGCAUGGCACUGUUUAUGUAGGUUUACAAAAUAUUUGACAUAAAACUGCACAGAAUAACAAAAUAACAUGCAUAUUUAAGUCACUCAGUUAUUUUUUCUCUCUCCUGUCUUUGGCAUUUACCCAUUCUUUGUAAACUCUAUCUAGACUAAUAGAACUUCCAUCCAAUUGAUAGCUUUUGAUUCUCAUUAACAUAUCAAAAUGACGUUCACCUACACGGUUUCUCAGCUUGUUUUUGAGUUGAUUCAUUAGGCUGAAACCUUGUUCACAGUCCGCGCUAGAUGCAAGAAAGGUUCCCCCAAUGUCCAUCAACUGUGCAAGGACACAAAACUGUUCAUUUUGAAGUACAAAUGCCACCAUUUGAGCAAAGUCCAUGCAGCCAUGAUGCAGCUGUACAAACCGGAAAAGGAAAAGUGGGGUGACGUAAAUUAGUGACGUGCAUUGUGGUAUUUGAAAAACCAACUAAUUAGUUAACAUAAAUAUUUAGCUAAAAGAUUAUUUUCAAUAAGUAUAAUGAUUAAUUACUACAUUAUUUUAGGUAACUAACCUUUCGUGCGCACAUUAAUUUCCUUUGUGUGCUGGUUGAGAAACAAGUGCGCGCGUGCAGAUACGCACAGCUUAGAGGGAACAUAGAGAGCCACUGCCUCCCAGCUCCAGAGAUCUGAGUUCAAUCCCCCACCUUUGCCAGUGUGCGUGCAUGUGUAUGCCUGUGUCUGUGUGAAGUCAGCACAUUCUCCCUGUGACCAUGUGGGUUUCCCCCAGUGCUCCAAUUCCCUCCCACAUCCCAGCAGCAUAUGGGGUUGGUGGGUUAAUCAGACGUGUGUGGGUGAGGGGUGGAAUCUGGGGAGAUUAACACAGGCGAGGGUAGGAUCGGUGUAACUGGGUGGUUGGUGAUCAACACAGAUUCUGUAGGUCAAAGGGCCUGUGUCUGUGCUGUCCCUUUCCUCCUCUGAGCCAGCGUUAAGGGGGUGUACCAUGUAGUGAGACUGUCCUGUCUUCUCCCUCCCACUGCAGCAUGACUGUCUCGCGUCAGCAUCCCCGGAAUCAGGGAGAGACCUCCAUUCUGAAAGGCUUAAGUCUGUAUUGUGGCUCUCUUUGUGUCUGGGGUUGGAAUCUGAGCCUCAUGUACACUUCCGGAUGCUGUUUACUGCACUCCGACCCUUGCCUGUCGCCCGCACGCUCAUACAGAGAAUAGUAAAGCUAUGUCCCUUCCUUGCGGAGUCUUCGUCUGAUCAUCACACCGUGGUGUAGAUGGUGAGCUGUAGCCGUUCCAUACUGCCUGCGCCUGCUCGUAUGGGCAGAACCUGCACCAUUGCUGUCCCAGCUCUCUCAUCCUCACUGUAGCCCUGGCCCUGGCUUCACAGACUGGCCAUAGUCCAUGUUAAGCUUCCCUCUUCUGCAUCCCAAGCGUGGGGAAACUCUGCUCUGGCUUCUGGAGGACCUGUCCACUUGGAACUGAUCACGUUUGGCAGUGGAGUGCUGUGUAUCUGUCUGUCACAGUGUGAGUCUGCGUGUGUGUACGUGUGCAUGGAGAGGGUGCGGGAUCCUGGUUAGAGAACUGAGAUGAAGUGUUAGAGCACCCACUCACAUCGCUGCACGGAGUAGUUCCACCCUUCCUUUGGUCUCAGCCUGAAACCUGAAGCUACCAGUGAGUGACUCGUAGGGACUGGAAUCCGACCCCAACACCACUACCCUCCUGCCCACUGUAGCGACCUCCCAUCUGCUGGGUUUGUUGUUCUCUCUCACUGUCUCUCUCACUCUCACUCACUCUCACUCACUCUCUCACUCACUCAUUCUCUCACACAUUUUCUUUCACUGUCUCUCUGUCUUAUUCACUCUCUCUCUCUCUCUCUCACAUACACACACACUUGCAAACACUCACUCAUAUUCUCCCUCUAUCUCGCCCUCUUUCCCCCAUCUCUCUCUCUCUUUCCCUCCCAACCAGUAACAAGGAGGGUGGGGAUGUUGUCAGCUGGUCUUCCUCCAGUGCCCCAGUGUGUGGAGAGUACACUUAGUGUCCUGACCCCACUGGACUGGUGCACUGCAUAGUUGUUCACUGCUGCUGAGUGUGUGCUCACCAUUGCACUAAAUGUGUUCACUUGUGAAAGUGGACCCUUACAUAAUGACUCCCACCUUGCGAGGGAGUCCCGUCCACACUGUCUGCACUGGGUAAGAGGUUAGAGAUUUGCAUUGAUUAUGAAAGUCCCCCUUUGACCUGAGUACUAAGAUCACUGAUGAAACAAACCUUAAGCAUUUUUCGGUAACUUGUAUACCCAGCAAGUAUUAGAAUAAUUGAAAGUAAUUACAUAUCUUGUUGAAUCAUCAAAAAUUCUGCUUUUGUGCCAUAUUUUGUAUUGUGUUCUCUCUCGAAACCUUGUUUUUUCCCUCCACAUAUGGCCAUAACAUAGAAACUAGCUUUUGUUCAUGUGACAGUGCCAAGAAUAAUAAAGCUGGGUGCUCGGUCUCUGUGCCAACCACGUGUGUUGCUGUGUCCACCAGAGACCCAUGGUGGACACCAACCAGUAAGUCCAGCCCAAGUAAGCUGCUGGCCCAUCUGGAUAUGCCAGUAGUGUAUUCUGGCAGAAAGCAGCCCCUCCUUCCAUACCCAAAUCUGUAGGGCGAGUUGGGGAGGGGGGGUGGUUCUGCGCAGUGGAGUGAAGCAGCGUGGUCCCCGUCUGUGGUAGGUCACCUGGCCCCUGCCCAUCCAGUCUCCCACCGCAGGGACCAGUGCAUAAGAGAAACCCUAGAGUUAACGAUCAGUAAGUUUGCCAAUCUCAGCCCUGGAAACCAUUGAUGAAGAUGCAUCAAUGUACACAAAAUGCCAGAGGAACUCAGCAGGUUAGGCAGCAUCUGUGGAGCGAAAUGGGCAGUCAGCGUCUUGGGUUGAGACCCUUCAUCGUCAGCUGUCCAUUUCAUACUUGGCAGUGGUUGGUUGUCAAAUGGCCUCUUUUCCCCUUUACCUGCUUACCCCAUUCCCCUUCCUCUUACCUGCUAAGCAAACAGAAGUGAUCAUUUAGAGGUUAUUGUGUGAGAAGUAAUUAGCAUUUAGCGAGGGGAGGGAUAGAAGGAAGUUUCCCUCACAUCUAAAGAAGAGGUCACAUCUUGUAACGUGACAGACGUUUUCUGAUCCUGAGUGUGAGCAUCUGUGACAUGCUGUGCCUCGGAUUGAUGGCCUGUUCCCUACCUCGUAAUCUCCCUCUCUGGGCAAGCAUUAAUACCUGCCUUCCUCCAGCAUUCCACCAAGCCUUCCCAGCUUUUUUUUUGGAGCUUCCCAAGUCCCAACCUGCAAUCAAAUAUCUGACAGCAGAGGGGAGGAAACUGCUCCUGAAUCAUUGAAUGCAGGUCUUCAGGCUCUUCGAUGGUUGUAAUGAGAAGAGGGCAUGUCACCACAUGGUGAGGGUCCUUGGUGAUGGAUGAAACGUCGCCUUUUGAAGAUGUCCUUAGUGGUGGAGAGAGUUAUGCCUGUGAUGGAGUUGUCCGAGUCUUCAGCCCUCUGCAGCCUCUUUGGAGAGUUGUGUCAGUCUAGUGGUCUGGUUGAUGUUCUGAUGGUGACCCCACCACCAUUGUUGACAGAUUCUCUGAGCGCUGUCGCGCACAGUGUAAAGGAGCAGAGUUGGUGACCCCUCUCCUAAAUGUCAGCAGUGAGGACUCCUAAAGGUUGCACCAUUGAGUGUCCAGAAGGGUUGUGGUCGCUGCGUCCAGGACCAAGUUGGUCACCCAGUCUCAAGCUGAGUGGUGCCAACAAAACCCCACCUGAGCCGUAUCACCGAGAGGGGGUGGGGGUGGUAAGUGUCAUCCCGCUAACACCAUUGAGCCCCCCCCCCCAAUGCUAUGGUGAUAACUAGAAAUAGAUCGGAGCAAUAACGAGCCGGAGGGUUACCACUUCCAUAACCCACCUAGCAGAACCAUGGGGAACAUCACCUCUUCUCUUCCAACCCCACCCUCUUUCCUUGCAGACCUUUCUUUGGGGAGAAGGUUGUGGUCUCAGAUGUCCCUAUGAACGUGCGUUGAGAGUGGAGUUUUGUUCUCAGUGCGGUCCUUGUUCUUGGGAUGUCUCGUGCACUCAGAGGGUUGGUGAGAGUGUGGAACAGGCUGCGGGGGUCAAUUGUAAUACUUCAGAGAAGUUUGGGUAGGUACAUGGAUGAGAGAGGUCUGGAGGCUAUGAUGCUGGUAGAUGAGAUGAGGUGCAGACUAGAUGGGCAGAAGGGCCUGUUUCUCUAUGGUCUAACUUUAUGUAUGCAGCUGAUAGGUUAACUGAUGGUAUAAGUGCAAGGGAGCUUUGUCCUCACUGUGGGGGGGGGAGAUAUACGUCCUCAGCUCCCCUCCCCCCCCCCCCCGAAGCCCAGGACUAUGCAGAAGCUGGGAGAGGAUCAGUGCCUCUUUCCCGCAUGGCUGGGAAUGUGUGUCCUGGUUACAUGUUGGUAUGGUGCGUUGUCUCCCACCUCGAGAGAUCUGGGUUUAGUCCCGACCUCCAGCGCGUCUCGAAUGUCUGUGAGCGCAGUUUCCUCCACAUCCCGAUGACGUGUGAGGUUGCUGGGUUUACUGCCUCCCACUCACAGCGCCCUUUCCUUUGCUAGAAAUGGAGUUGAUAGUAAUGUGUAACUGGGGCGGGUCAGCAUGGACAGGUGUGGGCCGAAGGGCCUGUUUCUGUCCUGCCUCCUCUCCUCUAAACCAGAGUUAAGGGAGGGGGUGCACUGUGUAGUUAAACUGCCCUCUCCUCCCCACUGCGUGUGUGAGUGUCUCACCUCGCCAUCCCCAGAAUCAGGAAGAGAGAGACCUCUGUCCCGAGGGUAACCCACCAAGCUUGAUAGGGAAGCUGCUGCUGAUUUUUCCCCACUGCUGGGAGAGAUUUAAUCCUACACGGCUGGGAGGCUGGAAUAUGUCACCAAAAAAAUCUGCAGAUGCUGGAAAUCCAAAGCAACACACACAAAAUUUUGGAGGAACUCAGCAAAUCAGGCAACAUCUAUGGUCAACGUUUCGGGCUGAGACCCUUCUUCAGGACAGAGAAGAGACUCUUUCCCACAGAUGCUGCCUGGCCUGCUGCGUUCCUCCGGCAUUUUGAGGCUGGAAUGUGUGUCCCAGGUUAGAAGCUGGGAAGGCUGAGUGGGUGGAGCCGCUGUCUGCAGCCACCAGAGAAGUGCGAGAGAGGGAGAAUGGGAAUGGAAAGCUGCUAAUAGACUUCAUCUUAGUGGACCCAAGUGAUUCAAGUAUUUUAAAUCAGCCCUAACAGGGUUUACCAAACGUCCCCUUCACUGCGUCUCCUGUACCUCCUUCCUCCCCUCGAGGCGACACCCACACACCAGUUUACAAUUGGAACUCCCUCCUGUGCCUGUAUAACCACGUGCAGACUCUUCUGCCUCAGGCAAGCUAUUUGUGUUUCAAACGGAAGAUAAUGUUUAAGAAAACAAAAUUUUUAAAAAUGUCUGCUAUUGUCGCUCACUUUUACUUUGUGUGUAUAUAUUAUAUAUAUUGAAACAACCUCUGCGUAGUGUGGUAACACAUUAUAAUGGGGAAAUAUCUAUGUUGUGUAACAAGAUACGAACCGUGCAUUUAUAAAAAAAAAUUCCUACAUUUGUUUUUAGAGAUUGUAUUUAUCUGUAUCUGAUUUUAACUUGUUUUAGUGAGAUUGCGUUGUAACUAAGACGAAAACUUUAAAAAAAAAGUAGAUGUUCUGAUUUUUUUUUGACAUUAUUGG